AUGGUGUCAAAUGUAGAUUUGGGCUUCCUGGCCUUAACAUUGGUUGCUGCGAAGGGGAGAAACAACAAAAAGAAAAAAAGACGGUGGUCUAAGGACUGGUAUAAAAUGAGGAACCGCUUCACUCAUCAACAUCUCCUUAACUUUCUGAGUGGUUCGGAACCAGAGGAUUAUAGGAACUUUCUACGCAUGGACCAAGAAAGUUUCGAUAAUCUACUCGAUUUAGUCCGCCAAGACAUCGAGAAGAAGGACACGAAAAUGCGUGAGGCGAUUCCUGCAAGUCAGAGAUUGUCUGUCACGUUGAGGUACCUAGCAUCUGGCAUGGAUUUAGAAGACCUGGAAUUCAGGUGUGCCAUUGCUCCGCAGACUCUGGAACUCAUCAUAAUGGAAACUUGCUCUGCAAUUAUCAGGGCAUUGAAGGAAAACAUCCAGGUUCCAAAAUCGCAGGAUGGAUGGAAACGGGUUGCUCAGGAAUUCGAAGAACAGUGGAAUUUCCCCAACUGCGUGGGGAGCGUUGAUGGUAAACACGUAUCAAUCCAAAAACCUCGCCAUUCUGGGUCCUACUAUUACAAUUACAAAGGUUCUUUCAGCAUUGUGCUUAUGGCAGUUGUUGAUGCAAAUUAUAAAUUUCUGAUGGUUGAUGUGGGAGCAAAUGGCCGAGUGUCAGAUGGUGGUGUGUUGAAGAACACAUUAUUUUGGCGCAAGUUGUCUCAGAACCAGCUUGACAUGCCUGAUCCUCGUGAGUUAUCAUACACUCCUAAUGAAAAAUUUCCGUACGUCUUCAUUGGAGAUGAAGCAUUCCAAUUUCUCCCUCAAUUCAUGAAGCCCUACAACAGAGCUGUUUUGACGAACGAGAAAAGGAUUUUCAACUAUAGACUCUCCCGAGCCAGAAGAGUUGUUGAAAAUGCAUUUGGUAUAAUAACGAAGAGAUUCAAAAUAUUUCAAAAUGCCAUUAAAUUAGAACCACCGAAAGCUGUGAAAAUUGUAAUGGCAUGUUGCCAUUUGCACAACUACUUGUGCUCAAAGAACAGAGCCAAGUAUUUGCAACCUGAGGAUAUUGACAGAGACGAUAUUGUGACUGGUGCUGUGGAAACUGGGUCAUGGAGGCAAGACAUUCAAGAAAUGGCACAACUUCAAAGAACCAAAAGCAAUUCUACAGUAGAGGCAAAAAGAAUAAGGGAUGACUUCUGCAAAUUUUUCAACACGUCUGGGUCAGUUCCAUGGCAAAACAAUUGCCUUGUGUAACAUUACUCGUGAUAUACAAUAA